AUGCUGUCUGAAAAGCUGCUCGAUAGCUUCGCCUUGGUGAAGCUGCAGGCGGCCAUCCCAGAUGCAAGUCUUCUCAAUGUCGGCCUCGGGCUCAAUCCCACGGUCUGGAUUAACGAUGCUUGGUGUGCACACGAAAUCUUCGAGAAGAAGGCCCAAAUCUAUGCUUCACGGCCGCGCAUGGUGGUCUUCGGUGAGUUAGGCACUGGCCAGUCGAACCUGGUGACCAUGAGAAUUCGCAACCAGGAGGAGCGAGACCAUUGGCGCAUCCACCGGAAGCUCAUGCAUAUCGGCGUGGGCGUGCAGUCCGUCCGCGGCUACCGAGCCAUUCAGAACAACGAGACACUUGGAGCGCUAUGCGACAAGUGA